GGCUCACAGCUGGCAACCUGGAAUAAAAGACCCAUUCCGUGGAUCUGUUGUUUGGGCUGUGCCUGAAAAUGUGGAUAUCACAGCAACUCUGUACAGAGACCCUCACUCUGAUCAUUUUGAAGAAAAGGAAUGGACAUUCCAAGUUGAAGGGGAAUCUCGAGGUCACAAAAAGAUUCUGGCUGCGGCUCCUAUUGACCUUCGAAAGUAUGCUGCCAUCUCACCUGCUCCUCGGGAACUGAAGCUGACGCUCACUCCACGUUCUGUCAAGGUUGUGUCAGCGGCUCUUACUGUCAGUAUUACCUGCACUUUGCUGCGAGAAGGCAAAGCUACGGAUGAAGACAUGCAGAGUAUUGCCAGUCUCCUGAGUCUAAAGCCAUCAGACAUUGCAGACAUGAAUGACUUCAACGAGGAGGAAGAGGAAGAAAAGUCACACAGACAAAGUCGCAGUUCUUUAGGAAUUGCACACCGAGAGCCUACAAGGGAGCUGAACACUCUUGCUGAGGAAGAAGAUGAAGCUUUUAUUUCCACAACCAAUAAAGAGAGCAUUACAAUUUCACCUGCUGAUCAGAACACCCAUCCUAGUAAUCAAAUUGGGAAUCAGUCUUUGGAGCCCACCCAUGGAAAAGUGACUGUAUCAAGCCACAAUCAGAGGUAUAACGAGGAAGCUCUAAGUACUGACUCCCUGCUCCGCUGGUGUCAAGAAGUGACGGCUGGGUAUCGUGGAGUGCGAGUCAACAAUUUCACCACAUCAUGGAGAAAUGGGCUGGGUUUUUGUGCCAUCCUUCACCACUUCCACCCUGAAAGCAUUAAUUAUGAAGGUUUGGACCCACUUAAUGUGAAGGAAAAUAACAAAAAGGCAUAUGAUGGUUUUGCUGCUUUUGGGAUACCACCACUUUUAUCACCAUCUGACAUGUUGCUUCGCUCUGUGCCAGACAAGCUAAUUAUUCUCACAUACCUUUGCCAAAUUCGAUCUCACUUCACUUCAAGUGAUUAUCCAACUGCUACUACUCAAAACCCUCAUGUAGAUAUGCAGAAACACAUCACUGUUUCAGAACUACAUAGGGACUUAGACUCUAAACAACAAAAUAUUACUCCUAAAGAUCAAGAUAUCAUACCCUUAACCUCUGAGCAACACAGUAUUAAACCCACACCCAUUACUGAGAAAAACAUUGUAAAUGUAGACCAUGGGAAUAAAAAUCUUCCAAACCUGUCCCCUGAUGAACAGCAGGUGAAAACUUCUACUCCUGCAUUACAUCAGGAAGCACUGCAUGCUAUAGCAGAUGAAAAUGAAAGACUAAAGCAAAUAAUACAAGAAAAUAAGGUACCUGAACUAAAAAGGAAAGUAGAAACCAUGUCUGAAAAACAGAAUAAACAUGAAGCCUGUGUUCACAAACAGGAACUGGCAAUAUCUUCUCCUGUAGACAGUUUACAAAAGUACUCUGUUGUGGAAAAAAAGUCAUCAUCUCUUGUGGAAGAGCAAACGACAAAAAAUAGCUCUGUUCCUCAGAAAAAGGAUGUUACAAAUACAGAAGAAGAGAAGAUACCAGGUACCGUUAAAGGGGCUAAUAAUUCUGGAUUUGUUCCACCUCCUCGUGUUAAGAAGAGACUAAGUGUUAAUGGAGGUUUAACAGAGGUAAACCUGGAAGAGGGAGAGACUUCCAAUCAGGUAGCAACUGUUCCAGUUGCUCCACCACGAAAAGGGGUGGGUCUAAGUCACCUUCGAGAUGCUGACCUUGUGAAGAAAAGGCGGUCUCUUAUUCGAUCCCAGUCACUUUCACAAGAAGAGGAAAUGGACGCCACAUUAAAAAGUAAUGAAGCACCUUCAAGACCUUCUUCCCAAAUUGUGAAUGAACAAUCUACAUCGACAGCUGUUUAUUUUACUGCCAGUGAAGUCGACACAGCCGAAGCUCCAGUGAAAGAGGAGGAACCUGUGCUUCUAAAAGACACCAGCCAGUAUGUGAUCUCUGAGCUUGCAGCUUUGGAGGAUCAGCAAAAAGAAAUUGAUACAAGAGCUGCAGUAGUAGAAAAGGAUCUUCGAACUCUAAUGGAAAAUGGUUGUGACAAAGAAGCAGAGGAGAUCCUUAUCCAGGAAUGGUUCACAUUGGUUAAUAAGAAAAAUGCUUUAAUCAGGAGACAAGAUGAACUACAAUUACUUACAGAGGAGCAAGACCUGGAACAGAGAUUUGAACUCCUGAGCAGAGACCUCCGAGCACUGCUGUGUACUGAUGAUUGCUUGAAAAGUGAGGCUCAGAAGAGAAGAGAAAAACUCUUACUUGAUGAGUUGGUGUCUCUAGUAGAUCAGCGUGAUGGCCUUGUGAGAGAUCUCCAUAUCAAAGAGAGGAAAGCUAUAGAAGAAGAUGAAAUAAUAGAGAGAAGCCUUGAGCAAAGGAGGAGGAAGCUUAGCAAAAAGGAGAAAUGUCGCAUCAGUUAAGGCUUUGAGGUCAAAGGAAAA